UUCAGCGUAGACAGUAGGCUUGUUACUCCUGAAAAGCGGAGCGAAGUGUGCUACACAGAAGAAGAAACCGUUUCUGUCGGCGGCGGCUCGGGAAAGGCGUUACCAAUGGGCAAAGGAGCACUUACACUGGAGGAAGGAGGACUGGAUGCGGAUCAUCUACACCAACGAAUCAAAAUUCCAGCGUUCAGGGCCAGGACAUAUUGCAAAGGUCUAUGUGUGGCCUGAGGAUCCUCCUAGGGAGAACAAAUUCAUUCCUCGGAUGCAAUUUGGAGGUGGGAGUAUCUUCGUAUUUGGUGGAAUGUGCUGGCGGGGGAUCACAAAACUUGCUCGUUUGCAAGUCCCAACGGUCGACAAGGUCGUGAUGCGUGACUUUGUUGAAGAUUUUCUACUUCCCAAGCUUCAGGAGUUCAGAGAAGCAGACAUCAAUCUCACAAUCCAACAUGACAACGACGCCAAGUUUCAUGCGCCCGACUGCAAAGAAUCCUACGAAAGGGAGGGAUACAGAGUCCUACCCUGGCCGGCAUACUCACCUGAUACGAACCCCAUUGAGGAUCGGCGUGGGCGGCCUGUAUGAGAGGGACCGAGAAGGUGAAAUAGACGAAGACGGCUUCUGGAACUGACAGCUUCGUUGAAGUUGUGCAACACUGAAUCGCGAAGGGCCUGGUGAACAAGGGUCCUCGUGACAGGCGGAGCUAACGAAUCAAGCGGAACCCCAAGCUUGCCGCAAGCCACGUCAAAUUUUGCGUACCAUGUCUUAGCAGCACCAUCUUUACCAGAACGAGCCAUCCCUGCCGACUCCAUGAGGGCCUUGUAAACGAGGCGAUCAGGACUCAGCGCACGAGCAUGAUCAAAAAACCUCGCCGUCAGGUGCAAUAGAUGCCCAGAAAAGUUAGUCCUACAAGAGUCAAAAUGCAUAACCUGAUUGGGGGUGCAGCAGUGUAACCCAAGUGCCAUGCACAGUACUCUUCGAUGAAAGUUAUCAAACGCCUUUGCCGAAGUGACGAGUCAUAUCCAUAUCGAAGCACACUUCGAAGGCCC